ACUCCGACAGUUACAACUACUCAGACAACACUCGGGACAUCAACAACCUUAACAUCUACAACUGUGCCAACAACAACUCCAGUUCCAUCAACUACAUCCAUUCUGCCCACGACCAUUACCAGCACAUCAACUGCAACAACACCCAGCAACACAACCCUAAUUACAUCAGCAGUUACAACUCCGACAGUUACAACGACUCAGACAACACUCGGGACAUCAACAACCUUAACAUCUACAACUGUGCCAACAACAACUCCAGUUCCAUCAACUACAUCCAUUCUGCCCACGACCAUUACCAGCACAUCAACUGCAACAACACCCAGCGAGACAAGCCUAAUUACAACUGCAGUGUCAACAUAUAAUAGUACCACUCGAACACCAUGCACUUUGUGUAAAUGGUCUGAUUGGAUUGACAAAAGUUAUCCUUCAGAAGGUGCAAGUGGAGAUUAUGAAAAUAUUACGCAGAUAAAGGACUCUGGAGUAAUAUGCAUGCAACCAGUGGCUAUAGAAUGUAGAGCAAAAGAACAAAAACAUUUGUCCCUGGCAGAAUUAGGUCAGAAGGUUGAGUGCAGUCUUCUGGUUGGACUAAAUUGCAAGAAUGAGGAUCAAUUUCCUCCGAUUUGUUACAAUUAUGAGAUAAGAGUCAAAUGUUGCGACCAUGAUGACAAAUAUUGUGAAACAUCAACAGUUACAACUACUCAGACAACACUCGGGACAUCAACAACCUUAACAUCUACAACUGUGCCAACAACAACUCCAGUUCCAUCAACUACAUCCAUUCUGCCCACGACCAUUAGCAGCACAUCAACAACACCCAGCAACACAACCCUAAUUACAUCAGCAGUUACAACUCCGACAGUUACAACUACUCAGACAACACUCGGGACAUCAACAACCUUAACAUCUACAACUGUGCCAACAACAACUCCAGUUCCAUCAACUACAUCCAUUCUGCCCACGACCAUUACCAGCACAUCAACUGCAACAACACCCAGCAACACAACCCUAAUUACAUCAGCAGUUACAACUCCGACAGUUACAACUACUCAGACAACACUCGGGACAUCAACAACCUUAACAUCUACAACUUUACAACUACUCAGACAACACUCGGGACAUCAACAACCUUAA